AUGUCGGUUUGCCUUGCUGUUACGAAGACUAUCGCGGUUUCGAGUUUAGGGAUCUAUUGUGGAACAAUGUGUUCUGCGACCAUUCUGGCGCAAUUCACGCCGCUGGACGUUGUCAAAUCGCAGCUUAUGGGUCCCGCCAAGAUCGUGGCUCGCGUCGCAGCGUCGCUUGCCACUGUGUCGUCAAUUUUCUUCGGCCUCAGUUUUUUUGGCGCUCCCGCGUCACUGCACCAUCCGUACCUGUUGUACGGGAUGCUUGUGGCCCCUGUUUCUGCAGCAUACAUGGGCUUGACGAUGAGUUUCCGGAGACCGCGUAAAUGUCGCGAACAAUGCUCCAAACGCGCGGAAAAACAGUCGACUACGGCGCCCACUUCUGUUGCCGCUACAGAAGCGCAAGAAACUCCAGAUUUGUCACUGGACGAAUCCGUGGUCGACUUAGGCCAAUCCACUGCUUCUCACGAUGAAGAUGAAACCACUGUUGCUGCUACUACUGGUACUACUACUGGUACUACUACUACCACCCAAUCAGACCACGUGACCGCCCAUUCCUCCAAGUGUUUACGUCCAAUACCCGUUUUGUUUGGCAUUUCGGUGCUUGGAUUUGUGCAAUCCGUGCUGGGACUUUACGGUGAGGGUCUUUUUGUCUGA